AUGACAUUUUGCUCGUUUUCUUAUUUAUGCCUCGAUACCUGUAGGCAUUCAAUAGUUACGUUACUUAUUUUUGUGAAACAGCUAAGAUCUGGAAAGUCGUGUAGAGGAAGUGGUGAUGGUGAAAGCUCAACAUCACCAUCGUCAGCCUCGUCGGAGCAAAAUGCGGUCGGCGCUCAAUUGCCGCCGCCGGCACCGCCGCUACUGCCUUCAUUGCCACAGGCGCCUCGGGGACCGCGUCGAGCGCAUGUAGUGUUCUCGCGUACCGUGUUAGUGGAUGCAGGUCGUGAGACUACACGGCUCAAUUGUCCCUCCGACUUGGAUGACGAUCACCUUGAUGAUACCGGUGAUACCGGUAGCGAGGCAGAGGAGCCUAAACUUUGGCGUCGGGAGCGCCUUCACCGUGGUAACCGAGUGGUAGACAUCCACCCCGGCCUUCCACGCAACGAGUACGUCAUUUGCGAUGGACGGUGUGGCGCUCCCACCUGUGCUCAGGGCUCCUGUCUUGCUAGACAAAAGGGUUCGACCGGAUCCGUGCUCAAAAACACGACGGCUUACGGAUCAAGCCCAAAUGAUCGGACCCAUCUCACAACUCAGUUCUCCGCCGCUACCAGCGGGGACUUCGAUUCGAAAUCGGUGGACAGUGAGGAGAGUGAAAAACAACUGGCCGAACCGACCUCCGUUCACGAAAUGCGAGCCCAUCACCAGUGCUGCCGUUUGAACAAUUUGGGCAAUUCCUCUUCAACAACUUAA